AUGGGUUUCAGCAGAGGUGAGUCCAAAGAGGGUUGGAGAGGUCAACUGACCAUGAACCUUAUACUAAGUAUACUACUAUACUAAUAUAAGGUCUAUGUAGCUGACCCACAGUUUUUUCCUCAUUAUUAUGUGGCCCUUUUUUGACAUAAACACAAUUUUAUUUGAAAAUCUAGACAAAAUGUGAUAGGCAGGCAAAAUUCAAAUUUAUCGCCCUUUCGUUUUGUAUCCCUAUUUACCCUAUUUACCCUUAACCAUAACCUAACCAUAGUCGUGCGCACUGGGCCGAGGGGACUCCCCCUACUGCGGAUUAAAUUUUUCUUCCAAAAACUGUGACAAUCCAAUUACUAUUGUUAUAUUAGAUUCCUAUGUAAUUAAAUUAAUGAUACUUAAAAUCAAAAUACUAAUUAAUAUUAAUUGAACCAACUAAUAAGUAUAUAGAUAAGUAAUAUAGAUUAUUGCUUGUGUAGUAGGUCAGGAAUUUCCAAUAACAAAAUAUGAGUGUACGGUAAUAAAUAGGAUGCUCGUAUAUUAUCAUGAUGACGAACUGGUUGUGAUUCGAAUAUUCAAUAUUUUGACAAACCGUUUAUAGUUAAAUCAUAUAUGUAUACUGUAAUACUGUCUAGUAUAAAACGUCAUUAUUUUCUAGGUUUAUUUAUUUUUAUAUCGGAUGUUAUAUAGUGUCUUUAUUUUAUUAGUUUUAUUAUAUUUGAACACAUAAUAUUUAUUUAACUAUUUGUUAGUAUAUAAAUUACAGACUACAAACAUAAUAUACUCUGUGCCACAAACCAUAGUCUAUAAACCUUGACUAUGACUUGUAUAACUACUGUAAUUGUGUAGCAUAGUAAUCAUAGUUAUCUACAGAUAAACUACGUUUAUCGUUUGUCAUAUUAUAUUGUUUAUAAUAUUAUAAAUGUGUCAAUAGUUUAUCGCAUAUUCUUCAUCUAGACCGAUUUUAUAACAAGUACUAGGUAAACAGUAUUACUUAACUUACUAUUAGUAUGAUUUGUAACACCUACAUAAUAAAUUAAGUAAUUACUUAAUUAAGGAGAUUGGAAGCGACGAGUUUCUGUCUUUGUCCUACACACGUGAGGUAUAGGAAUUUAGACGUGUUUUAUUUCCAUCGUACCGAUUGAUCUAGUAAAAAGCGAUAAGAAUUCUGAAAGCAGAUUUGAAUUUUUCUUGAAGUCUACGUGAGAUCGCCUAUCCCAUUUUAUUGAUUUUAAUUUCUCAAAAAAUGAAAAUAUUCCAUUUUUUCAAUUUUUCUUUUAUUAGUAUAACUCUGUUUAGAAUUUAAAGAGAUAAAUUUAAAAAGUAUAAAAGUCAAUCUAAAGUAGACUUCACGACAAAUUCAAAUCUGCUUUCAGAAUUUUUAUCACUUUAUUAAAUCAAUCGGUACGUUGGAAAUAAAACACGUCUAAAUCACUAUAUCUCACGUAUUUAAGACAAAGACAGAAACUUGUCGCUUCCAAUCCUCUCAAGCAUAAAUUAAAAGAUAAUAAAUUACAUCUACUUACAAACAAUUUUUCAAUUGCCACAUUAAUCAUCCAGUGUUGGAAAAGCUCCUUAUAAAAAGGAAUUCGUCACGUUCAUCGUUUCUACUGCGAUAAAUGAACUCAUUCGUUUAAUCUUUUUUUUUUUUUUGUUAUUAAUACCUAGUACAAAGUCUUAACUAAUUUGUUUAUAUUAUUAAUUUGAAUGCACCUUCUAAUAUUUUAUUUGGAAAUAUAUAUACCUGCCUACAAUCUACAUAUUAUUAAAAGUUUUCGUGAGUCAUUACUUGUGUAGUUAAUUACUUUUAAGUUGUACUAAUAUGAUAAUGUACCUACGGAGAAUAAAAAAAUUGAAUAAAAAAAGACAGACAUACUUCACACGUGGGUGCAGCAACUAUUGUACAUAGGAAGUUGGGAAAGUAGGAUACAGAAGGAAAUUUAAUGUAUAUACCUGUAAUCAACGAUAAACUAUUGCCAACGAAAAAACGAUUCUGAGCAGAAUUAAGUUGAUAGUGAUGCUUUUCAACAAUAUAUUAUGAUAAAAUAAUUAAAUAGGCAUUAUAUUAUAUUUUCUUUAAUCAUUUUUGUUGUUCAUAUUGUGCUUAUUUUCCCAGUUUUCCUACGUUUUUCCCAUGUUUUUUCCGGGUUUUUGACAUUUGUUGAGAAAACUCCUGUGAAAAUCAAAAAAUGACCUCUCUAAUACUUUAAGGAAAUGUUCUUGAGGUGGUACUCCACCUCAAGAAAAUUUCCUUUCAGUAAAGGAUUAUACAUCAGAGUAAGCUUUUUGGUAGAAAAAAUGUUCUUUUUAAAAAAGAAAAAAAUAAACUAAUAAUCUUUGUAAAAUCAAUAAAUUCGCUACACUCAGAAUCUAAUAGUAACGAAGAUUUUCGUUCAUGUUCCACAUAAAUAUAAACUCUUUUCUGGUCUUCGUUCCUUUAUUUUAUAAGUAACGCGUUCCUUCAAAUCAUAUAAUACAGCAAAUCGAUACAAAUCAUCCCAUAUAGACAAUUAAACGUCAAUUGGGCCAAUGGAAAUUAAUUUUUUUUUUUUCAAAUUAAAAGGUACGAGGUUUGUAAGAUUGAAAAAUUAACACUCCCCUCUGAUCCCCUUCCAUAAUGAUAUUUUUCUUUGGCUAUUACACCACUGUCUAAUACCCAUAAAAAUGUAUUAUAAAAUGUGAAGUUUUAUUGUUUUAGUAAAAUAACGAAGGUAUUUUUUAAAAUCAUAGUGAUAUCCACAUACCGUCUAUAUAAAUUUCAAUCGAUAAAACUCAUCACAUCAUCUCGUCUUGUAGUCAGAGCGUUCGUAGAUGGCAGAAACAUCACACUCCCAGUUAUAUCCAGGACCUUCAUGGCCCAUCGGAGAGUUGGAUCACUCCUGCAGGCACAACCAGCUCUUGUCCACUUCCACUCGCGAUAUUCAAUCCUUCUUCACCAUAGUAGAGGAUAUUCUAAGCCACAAGGAGCAAAACAAGAGGACAAGAGAGAUCGAGGACCGGGCCAAUCGCUGACCCAUUGCCUUACUCCUCUAUAUGACCAGCUAGGCCAGAGUACACCUACCUCGCCUCAUCGCCACGAAGUGGUUCCGAGAUUCAGAGGUGGUAGACAUUUGGCUUCAUAG